AUGAACAAGUACGAUGUUUUAGGUGUCGUGGGUGAAGGAGCCUACGGCGUGGUGUUGAAAUGCAAAAACAAGGACACCAAUGAAGUGGUGGCCAUCAAAAAGUUCAAAGAGAGUGAAGAGGACGAGGUAGUCCGAAAAACCACCCUGCGCGAGGUGAAGAUCCUCCGUAUCAUGCGGCAUGAAAACAUAGUGCAGCUGAAGGAGGCCUUCCGUCGCAAGGGAAAGCUCUACCUGGUCUUUGAAUUCGUGGAGAAAAGCAUGCUUGACAUUUUAGAAGCCAAUCCAAAUGGCGUGGACACUGAAACAGUCCGUGUCCUGACUUGUCAAUUGGCGCGAGCCAUUGAGUACUGUCAUCGGCAUGACGUCAUUCACCGUGACAUCAAGCCAGAAAACUUGUUGAUCAAUCCUGCGGAUAAUGCACUGCGACUAUGUGACUUCGGGUUUGCCCGGACCAUGAGCGCGGACACUCCACUGACGGACUACGUCGCGACUCGGUGGUACCGCGCGCCAGAGCUCCUUUUAGGUUCCACACAUUAUGGAAAGGAUGUAGAUAUUUGGGCGGUUGGCUGCAUCAUGGGUGAACUCACAGAUGGCCAGCCGCUUUUCGCCGGCGAGUCGGAGGUAGAUCAGCUCUUCGUUAUCCAGAAGGUGCUGGGACCGCUGACCCCCGAACACAUGGAGAUGUUCCUCAGAAAUCCACGUUUUUUGGGCAUACAGUUCCCGGAUGUGAGCCGUCCAGAGACCCUGGAGAAGCGUUACCUGCGGCGGAUGCCAAAGCUACAGAUGCAGCUGCUGAAGGGCAUUCUUGUGAUGGAGCCCCGGCGACGCCUAAGCGCCCGGGAGAUGCUGCGGAUGCCUUGGUUUGAGGCGGUUCAGGGUUUAGGGUGUAGGGUUUAG